AUGGAUAAAUCAAUGGAUUUGGGAAUUAUUGUUGUAGAGGAUGAACCUUGCAAAGCACUUUUAAUAAAUGAUAUUGAUGUAAAUGGGUAUUUAGUUGGUUCUGAAUUUGAAAGUGAAGUAAGGGAUGAUGUCAAUGAUAAUGGUGUAAUGGGAAUGGUUUUUGAUUCACCUGAAGAUGCAUAUGCAUUGUAUAAUCAGUAUGCCCUGUUACAUGGAUUUGGUAUACGCAUUUAUGAUUCUUAUAAAAAUAGGGUUACAAACGAGAUGUAUCGAAGGAUUUAUGUGUGCAACAAAGAAGGCUUUAAAAAGACAAAAGGUGAAACUUCUAAAGGGAAUUUUAAGUGUGGUAGGGAUACAAGAACUGGUUGUGAUGCAAAAUUUCGGAUAUCAAAGCGCAAAGAUGGAAAAUGGUUUGUAGAUAUUUUUAGUGAUGAACACAAUCACGAACUCACCAUGUCCCCGAACAAAGUAAUGAAACACCACUCUCAUGGGAAGCUUCAUCGCACUUUGGCUUGUAAAACUCUUAUGACGGAACUUAGCCAAUCUGGAUUGAGACCUUGCAAUAUCAGAAGGGUCAUAAAUACCAUGAAAAGUCCACAUGAAAAUGAGGUUACUUCAAAACAGUGUAUUGAUGUCUUAGCCGAGAGUCGAAAACAAUACAGAGGUAAGGAGUUUUAUGGGGUUAUAAAAAUUUUUCAAGAAAAAAGUGCAAAAGAUCCGAAUCUACAUUUUAUUGUUGACUUAUGUGAGGACGGGUCUCCUAGAAAUCUUUUCUGGUCUGAUGGAAGGUCUAGGGAUUCAUAUAUAAACUUUCGAGAUGUUGUCGUGUUUGAUGUGACAUACAUGACUAACAGAUUUAAGUUGCCGUUUGCUCCAUUUAUCGGAGUGAAUCAUCAUGGUCAAUCUAUUAUUUUUGGCGGUGCAUUAUUGGAGAAUGAAAAACAAGAAACUUUUGAAUGGUUAUUUCAGCAGUUCUCAAAAUGCAUGUUUGACAAGCAUCCGUUUGCAAUAAUUACGGAUCAAGAUAAAGCUAUUGUGAAUGCCAUCAAAAAAGAAUUUCCAAACACUCGACAUCGUUAUUGUUCAUGGCACAUCAACAAACAUGAGCUUGAACGUCUUCCAUCCCUUAAAGCCUGUUAUCCCGGUAUUGAAGAAUUUUAUAGAGAAUGGGUGAAGAGUGACACUAUUGAAGAGUUUGAAACUAGGUGGAAAGUUAUGAGUUGUCAAUAUAGGUUUGAAAGUAGAAGUUGGAUAAUGGAUAUGUAUACACAACGUCAUCAUUGGGCCGAAGUCUUUUUAAAAGACUAUUUUUUUGCUGGUAUGACAACUAGUGGGAGAAGCGAGAGUAUUCAUUCUUUUUUUGAUGGAUAUGUUACUUCAAAUACCAUGUUGAAUGAGUUUGUAGUCCAGUAUGACAACGCUGUUAAGAGUCGAAGAAAGGCCGAAGAAGAUGAAGAUUUCAGGACCAUAAACUCUAGGCCAGUUCUGUCAUCUCUAAAUCCAAUAGAAGCAAAAGCAGGUACACGUUAUACUAGUAAUAUAUUUGAAGAUUUUCAAGAAGAAUGGAUACAAGCGACUAACAAUUUAACUCAUGAAACUUUGACUAAAAAUGUUGAAGAGAUCAUAUAUAAGGUUGGCCAACUGGAUAUUGAGAAAAGGUAUUGGAGGACGGUUACUUUUCGUCUUUCAAGUAAAGUAGAUGUCACAUGUUCAUGUGCCAAGUUUGAAACUUAUGGAAUGUUGUGUAAGCAUAUUUUAUAUGUGUUAAAGAAGAAGCAUAUUGAAACACUUUCGGAUCAUUAUAUUUUGCCUAGGUGGACACUUGAUACUGGGUACAAGGAGGAUAGUUGUAGCAUCAGAAUGGAAGAUAUAGAUAGGGAAAGUGCAGUUAGUGCUUUAACGUUAUGGUGUGUUAAAUCAAACUCUAUGAAAGCAAUUGAACAAGCAAAAGACUUUCUAUCUGAGAUAAAGAAACUAAAUACUUUGUUGCUGAAUUUUCUGGAAGCACAAACAAAGCGAAAAGCGUCCAAAGAGACUGAUAACCGACCCCAAGAUUCUAAUGUGGAGAUUUCAGUAGUAGACAUGAUGCCUCAAAUAUCUAUUCGGGAUCCCUCUCUUCCGGCUGUUACUAAAGGCCGUCCUAGAAAAGCAUGUAGAAUCAAAUCAUCUUUGGAAGCACCUAAAAAGAAAACUUGUUCUUAUUGCAAGACAUUGGGUCAUUACAUUACUGGAUGUCCAACAAAGAAGGCGGAUGAUGCAUUGCUUAAAAAAAAGGGCAGGAUGGCAUGCUAA